AUGCCCACGCCCCUUGCUGUUGUCGACCAGGUUGCAGAUGCCGAAGCGUUCCUGAUUCGCACCCCCUUGAACCCCUGCCAUUGGGAUCAGGGUAAAUGUGCGUGCCUCGGCAUCGAGUUCGCUGUGUCGAUCCGCUCAUCCGCCCAUCCGCGUUCGAACGCAGAGCCCGCUCCGCACAGGAAGCAGCUUGUCAUCGGCCAAAUGUGUCUCCGAGAAGCAAGCAGCCGGCAAGAAAGUGCAUUGUCUGAUCAAGCAGUGUUCAAGUCCGCGGAGGAGGCAUGGCAAGGGCUCGCUUCCGACCGAGCUGAGACGCGGGCGCCAGUUUACCCCGACUCGAAUGGCGAGGAAGGAGACCCAAGGUACGAAGGAGCGGAUCGGUCUCGUGUGCACAUGCAAUUCGGCUCGAGGUGUCUGCGAUAUGCAUUCUCGCGGGAAAAGCACGAGCAAAAGCCGCACCGCGCAAACGAUGGACGACUUGCAGCGCCGCCCUCGCUUCGUCACUGCAGCCAGGCUUCACAGGAGCGCCGCAUUAUAAGCGAGCUGACCCCGGGCGAUGAAGCUGAUGAAGUCAAGGUGGGCGAGCAGCUCGAGGAGAGGCGGCGGUGCGAUAAGGCCGCAGAUCAUCUCGGCUUGGACCAAUGGGCAGGCGACAGAAGAAAAGAAGGAGAAAAGCAGAAGGCAGACAGCAGACAGACGCGCUGUUUGGGUGCGCCUCUGCACGAACCAUCCGCUAAUUUCGAGGCCCAAUUCAGUCUCGCUUACGGCGGCGCAGCCAGCGAGCCAAGCAGCAAGCCAAGCAGCCUGCUGGAUGAGCUGCCAGCCAACUGCAGUCCUGCAGCUCCACUGCACUGCUCUGCACUGCACUGCAAAUCCGAAACAGCAGUUCAACGUGCCGGGCCUGUCCUUUGCCUCUGCCUCUGCCUCUGCCUCUGUCGCCGCCUCGGCCGCCCAUCCGCUGCUCCUCCUGUCUUUGGCGGCUCGCCCUCGUGCAUUGCGAUCGCCGAAAACAUCUUAACCACUUCCACUAGACGCCGGCUCAAUCCAGCUCAAAGCCAAGCCCCGUCAAGCCCUUCAUCCGCUGCCCACUGUCUACAUUCGUUAGCUUCGUUUCUCCUCGUCCCACCCAAACGACAACGCCAUCCCGCGCGCUACACCAUUCCUCGCAACCUUCGGCGAAUCUCACCGCAACCACGCUCGCACCUAUACCUCCUCUUCCACGGUGCUGCUCCCGUCAAGCCGAGCUGCCCUCAGUUCCGCAAGCACUUGGAUCCCUCGGCAUUCCCGGCACGGCACGACCGCUGCGCUCCGAUCUACCACUCGGGCGAAAUCGGCUCAGACGACGCACCAGCGUGCAGCCUUAGCAGCGUUGACACACGUCCCGGCGCGACGAAGCCGCUGCGCCCAAUCCCACCACAGCAACUUGGCAGCGGGUCUGAACCGCCCCCGUCGGCACUUCCGAAGCGCACCGCCAUCCGUCGCUCACUGACGCUCAGCCUCUCUCCGGACAGCGCGCAACACCUUAACACGUCCAAGGCAGCCGUCGCCGCCAGUGCAACCACACACGCCGGCUUCGGUCUAGAAUCCACGCUCGGCCGAUCGAAGCCAGCACUCGCCAAGAUGGGCAACUGUCUCUCAUCCACCGACCAGAAGGAGGCCAAGGACCGCAGCGUGGCCAUCGACAAGCAGAUCGAAGAGGACAGCCGCAAGUUCAAGAAGGAAUGCAAGAUCCUCCUCCUCGGCUCGGGCGAGUCGGGCAAGUCGACGAUCGUCAAGCAGAUGAAGAUCAUUCACCAGAAUGGCUACACCAAAGACGAGCUGCUGCUCUAUCGACUCACCGUGAUCAAGAACCUGGUCGACUCUGCGCAAGCGAUUGUGCUUGCGCUGCGAAAGUUCAAGAUGGAACCCGAGAUGCCCGAGAAUCGCGAAAACGUCGAUGCGAUCCUGCAGUAUCGCGUGGAUGCGGAUCCGGGCGCGACGCUCGACCAUGCCAUGGCGCGCAAGGUGGACUCGCUCUGGAAGGACCCCAUCAUCCCUGCCGUGAUGGAGCGCGGCAGCGAAUUCUACCUGAUGGACAGCGCCGCCUACUUUUUCGACAAUGUCAACCGCAUAGGCCAGCCGGACUACGUGCCGGACGAGAACGACGUGCUGCGUGCGCGUUCCAAGACGACGGGCAUCAGCGAAACGCGCUUCAACAUGGGCCAGCUCUCAAUACACCUCUUUGACGUGGGCGGCCAACGGUCGGAGCGCAAAAAGUGGAUCCACUGCUUUGAGGCGGUGACGUCGAUCAUCUUUUGCGUGGCGCUGAGCGAGUACGACCAGGUGCUGCUGGAGGAGAGCGGGCAGAACCGCAUGGCCGAGUCGCUGGUGCUCUUCGAGUCGGUGGUCAACAGCCGAUGGUUCCUGCGCACCUCGAUCAUCCUCUUUCUCAACAAGAUUGACAUCUUCAAGCAAAAGAUCCCCAAGCAGCCGCUCUCCAAGUACUUUCCCGAAUACAGUGGCGGACCGGACAUCAACAAGGCGGCCAAGUACAUUCUCUGGCGGUUUACGCAGACGAACCGCGCGCGGCUCAGCAUCUAUCCGCAUCUCACGCAGGCCACCGACACGAGUAACAUCCGACUGGUGUUUGCAGCGGUCAAGGAGACCAUCCUCACGAAUGCGCUCAAGGACAGUGGCAUCUUGUAG